GUGAGACUCCCUACAGCUCCAAUGUGGCACAUCUACAGCACUCACUGCCGGAAUUGCCCUCCAUCGGGCCACAGCCCGAGCCGAGGCGUCGCCACCACCUCCGAACAUGAUCCCCACGCCUAUUAAGCCCACGAAGCCCUCGCCUCUCUUCGCUUUACCGGAGUCUUUCAGGCGUCCGUCCAUCAAUGUCAAGCGUACUCUGCUGGCCUGUCUCGCUCUGGCCGCAUACAUCGCGUGGUCGUUGGGUGCCUGGGAAGCCUUCCUAAUCGAGACAGGCCUGCGUCCAAAGCUGCGUCCGACGGUGCUGCUCGCCGGCGAUUCGCUCACUGAGAAGGGCACAAACCCCAAGUCCAAUGGAUGGGUCACCUUGCUACAGAACGACUACACUCGGUCUGCCAACGUCGCGCCCCGUGGAUUGUCGGGAUACAACACUCGAUGGUACCUCAAAUACGCGAUGCCGGUUAUCCGAGGAGAAAUCAUCAGCGGCUCCUACACUCCUGUCCUCAUCACGUUGUGGCUUGGGGCCAACGAUGCUGCAUUACCGAACGGAAGCAACUCGGAGCAGCAUGUUCCAAUUGAGAAAUACCGGCUCAAUCUCAUCAUGAUUGUCCGGGAGUUCCAGGCAUUGGCACCCGAUGCGAGGAUCAUAUUGAUCACUCCACCUCACGUGGACGACAUGGAGCGCCAUCGACGUGCUAGGAAGAAUGAUGGGGACAAAACGGGAGUGAUCGACCGCACGAACGAAAUGGCAGGUAAAUACGCGCAAGUUUGUGUCGAAACUGCGCACAAAUUGGGGCUCCCCGUGUUGAAUUUGUACUCGUAUUUCAACGACAUGCCCAAGUGGAGACGCAAUAAUUUGCUGGGGGACGGACUGCACCUCAAUACGAGAGGCAACAAGUUGAUGUACGACCAGCUAAUGGAAAAGAUCAAAUCCGAGUUCCCGGGUGUAGUGCGCAAACUCGAACGCUGGCAACUUCCAAACUUUAACACACUGGUCCGGAGCGACCCGUGGAUUCCGGACGAUACACACGAUGGUACCAACAGUACUCGUACGCUCCGAAGCAAUUGAUCGAAUAGCUAAAUUAUAUCAUAGAACUCGUAUUUGCAUCGAA